AUGAACGGGGCUGUGCUAGUGGCUAUUGCUGCCACAAUUGGCAAUUUUUUGCAAGGUUGGGAUAAUGCAACCAUUGCAGGAGCUGUUGUCUACAUAAAGAAGGAGCUUACUUUAGAGACUACUAUAGAAGGUCUCGUCGUGGCAAUGUCACUCAUUGGAGCCACACUUAUCACAACUUGCUCAGGGCCCAUAUCAGAUUGGAUUGGUCGGCGUCCAAUGCUUAUCCUCUCAUCUAUGUUCUAUUUUUUAAGUGGUUUGAUAAUGUUGUGGUCGCCUAAUGUCUAUGUCCUGCUUGUAGCAAGGCUACUAGAUGGAUUUGGUAUUGGUUUGGCAGUUACUCUGGUCCCUUUAAAGAUGAACGGGGCUGUGCUAGUGGCUAUUGCUGCCACAAUUGGCAAUUUUUUGCAAGGUUGGGAUAAUGCAACCAUUGCAGGAGCUGUUGUCUACAUAAAGAAGGAGCUUACUUUAGAGACUACUAUAGAAGGUCUCGUCGUGGCAAUGUCACUCAUUGGAGCCACACUUAUCACAACUUGCUCAGGGCCCAUAUCAGAUUGGAUUGGUCGGCGUCCAAUGCUUAUCCUCUCAUCUAUGUUCUAUUUUUUAAGUGGUUUGAUAAUGUUGUGGUCGCCUAAUGUCUAUGUCCUGCUUGUAGCAAGGCUACUAGAUGGAUUUGGUAUUGGUUUGGCAGUUACUCUGGUCCCUUUGUACGUAUCUGAAACUGCCCCUUCAGAAAUAAGGGGAAUGCUAAAUACUCUUCCACAAUUUGCUGGUUCCGGUGGAAUGUUUUUGGCAUACUGUAUGGUUUUCGGAAUGUCCUUGAUGGCCUCACCAAGCUGGCGAUUGAUGCUCGGAGUUCUUUCUGUUCCCUCUCUAAUUUAUUUUGCAUUGACAGUGUUGUAUUUACCCGAAUCUCCUCGAUGGCUUGUGAGUAAAGGAAGAAUGCUUGAGGCAAAACGAGUUCUGCAGAAACUACGUGGCAGGGAAGAUGUUUCAGGUUCAUUCAUUAGUGCUUCAUAUUUGCGAAUAAUUAUUCUUUUGUCUUGAGCUAUCAGUUUAAUCUCUUUAUAUAUUCAUGGAUUUACUUGGUAACCUUGACUUGGAUGCUAAAUGGUUUGCUAUAGGCUAUAAAAUGAGUGUGCAUCUUAGAAUUAGAAUACGACUCAUUCUGUAAGGCCCAGUUUUGUGAAAGCAUAAAACAGGCAUAUUAUUACCUAUACUCAAGGAUCAAAAUGUC